CCUUCCGGCGGGAAGAUGGCGGCGGCGGCGGCGGCCCCGGGGGCGGGGGAGGGUUUCGCUGCGCUCCCGCCUCAGCCCUUGGAGCUGAAGAGCCAGUUCCGCACCCGCGAGGGUUCCUACCGGCUGCUGGGCCCCGAACCCCGGCCCCGUGCCGGCCCCGCCGCCCCCACCGCCGCCGCCGCCGCCCCCGGGCCCUCCCCACCCGCCGCCGGCCCGGGCCCCGCCGCCGCCGCCGCCGCUCCGGGCCCGGCCGCGCUGCCGCCGGUUCGGUUGUCAAUGGUGCGAUUGGCGCUGCCGCCCGCUGAGGAACCUGGGGGCCCGGCCGAACGCAGCCGGGUCUGCUUUAAUCUGGGCCGAGAGCUCUACUUCUACGGUGGGGCCGGCUCCGGUGGUCGCGGCAGCCGCCGGUCUCUGGACCUGCACAAACCCAUCGACAAACGCAUUUACAAGGGGACGCAGCCGACCUGCCACGACUUCAACCAGUUCACGGCCGCCGCCGACACCAUCGCCCUCCUGGUGGGCUUCUCAGCCGGGCAGGUCCAGUACCUCGACCUCGUUAAGAAGGACACCAGCAAGCUCUUUAACGAGGAGCGCCUGAUCGACAAGACGAAGGUGACUUUUGUCAAAUGGCUGCCGGAGACGGAACGGCUCUUCCUGGCCUCCCACGCCAGCGGUCACCUGUACCUGUACGACGCCGAGCAACCGUGCGGAGCCGCGGCCCCCCAGUACAACCUCCUGACGCAGGGCGAAGGCUUCAGCGUCUUCGCCUGUAAGAGCAAGACCCCCCGAAACCCCCUCCUCAAAUGGGCGGUGGGCGAAGGGGCCCUCAACGAAUUCGCCUUCUCGCCGGACGGGCGCUCGCUGGCCUGCGUCAGCCAGGACGGCUGUUUGCGCGUUUUCCAUUUCGACUCCAUGUUGCUGCAGGGGAUGAUGAAGAGUUAUUUCGGGGGGUUGCUCUGCGUCUGUUGGAGCCCCGACGGGCGUUACGUGGUGACGGGGGGCGAGGACGAUCUGGUGACGGUUUGGUCCUUCGCCGAAGGGCGGGUGGUGGCCCGAGGUCACGGUCACAAGUCUUGGGUCAACGCCGUGGCUUUUGAUCCCUUUACCGGGGCGACUCAGGCCCCCCAGCCCCCCGAAUUGAGCGGCGGCGAGGAAGAGGACGAGCCCCCCGAUCCCUUAGCCCGUCGCUCGCCCGCCGUCACCUACCGCUUCGGCUCGGCCGGCCAGGACACCCAGUUCUGCCUGUGGGACCUGACCGAGGACGUCCUCUACCCUCGGCCCCCCCUUUCCCGCGCCCGUACCCUCACCGGAUCGGGGGACGCCGGCGUUCCCGUGCCGGGUUUGCCCCGCUCGCUUUCCCGCUCCAACAGCCUCCCGCAACCGGCGGGGACGGGUUCGGCUCGCGGCCCCCCUCCCGACGUCCCCCCGGCCUUUAGCGUCGGUCGUUUCGCCACGUUGACGCUUCAGGAACGUAAAGGACCUUCCGGCGCCGAAAAAGAACACAAACGUUAUCACAGUUUGGGCAACAUCAGUCGGAGCGGGGAGAAACCCGCCGGCGGCGGUGCCGGAUCACGGGGACGGCUGGAUACGGCCAAGGUGCUGGGGACGGCGCUUUGCCCCCGGAUUCACGAGGUGCCGCUGCUGGAACCCCUUGUCUGUAAGAAGAUCGCCCACGAACGGCUGACGGUGUUGCUUUUUUUGGAGGAUUGCAUCGUCACCGCCUGCCAGGAGGGACUCAUCUGCACCUGGGCACGGCCCGGCAAGGCCGUGAGUGCUCGGA